AUGACGGCGUGUAGUGGCGGUGGUUCGUGCGCGCCGCGGCCUUUGGUCUUUCACACGUUUUCACGGACGGGCGGCGGGGCGCCGGGAUCGGACGUCGGCGGCGGUGAUGAUGAUGAUGAUGAUGACGAUGACGACGGUGAUACUGAUAAUGAUAUGGGUACUACGAGUGCACCGCGCCGGGGAGUGACGACGACGAUCGGUCCGCUACGCGAAACUCGGUACGCCGGAUACUGUUGUACUGGCGUUGGAUCUACGCGUCCGAUGCGCCGUUCUACUGGAUCCGCGGCAUCGCGACGAGUGGAAAAAUUCGACGGCGGCGCCGAUAGCGAUAUGUGCACAGUGCACACCACACAAACACAACGGUUCCCGGUCGGUCGGUCGCGGUCGCGGUGCAGGAAAGAAUAG